AUCGUAAAUACAUUCAUAACACCUGAUGUUUUAUGAUCUAACGCUGGGAAGCCGAUAACCUUGGGUAGCCGAUAUGAAGGAACUAAAAAGUGUGGUAUGUAUUUGAACGGAGUUAUUUACAUCAGGCUGAUUUUUCUUUGCAUUGCGCUGAGAAAAACCUUGCUUUCACAGGGUUAUAGUUUUGCUUGCCUGCGUUGUUUUAAUAUGUUUUGCAAGCGUAUAUUCUGAUAAGCAGUAAGCAAAUAAGGUUCGCCAAGUCGUGUACGAAUGGCAUUUUUCAUGGUUUUCCAUGGCUUCGGGAGAAUCAUUUUUCCUUGUGGGAUGUUUUUAUCUGAAUUUUACAAAACUAAGCUAUUCUCAGUUUAACGACAAUCAAUUUGAGAAGUGACUCUAAAACUUGUUUUCAAAAUAAUAAAUGUUAGCAUGGACCUCACACAUCAAACUAGGGCCAUUGAUGGACAAACAAUUACUAGUUUUAAGCGACAUUUGAUGGGGAUCGAUGAAAGCAACUGACCUAAGUAAUUUAAGGAUAAAAUAGGAUAUAAAACACAAGCUGCUUUCUCACGCAGUGGACUGGAAAUUUUAUGAAUUUGCCGCUUGGUUUGUUUUCGUUUUCUAUAUUUUUUUAAAGAGCUGAGCCAAUAUGCAUUAAGACUGUGUCAUGGUGCUAUGAGCGAUUAAGUGACGUAGCACACUUAGAAACAACCUUUUCACGGAAAUGACAAAGCUAAACAGUUUUGUCACUCAUUUUGGCUCAAUAUCAGCUUGUCGUUAAAUCCAAAAUCCGUGUACUCAUAACUGAAACCAUGACAUAUACAGAGGGGCUAUUGUAAAUGUCAUGAAAUGUGUAAACCUUUUAAUUUAAAUGGUUUUGACCUGCCGACAUUUUAAGACAUUUUCGGAAUAUUGGUUCAGAAGAAAGGUAAAAGAAACUUUUGGGAAAGGCAAAAAUAAAAUAAAUUCCGCUUACAAGGUAAAUCAUGUACUCAUAUAGUAUGGUGGUCAACAUUUUUCGUCAAUACACAGACUCACAGAGGCGUAGCCAGCUUUUUGACUAGUUGAAGGCCUGGCUGACUUUCAUUUCCGCAUAUCCUAAAAUUGCACGCAUACUGACCUCAACGCACAAUUUAUUACGAGCAGUAGAGUAAUCAAUUAAAAAUCUGUAGGCCCGGGCCUACAGGGCUAUGGGCUGAUACUUGUAAUGGACGAUAUAUAAUUUUUAGCUUGGAGUGAACACCAGCUACAAGUCUAUGUGGGAUCGAAGAUAAGAGUGAGUGAAACGGUCACUCUUACGAUGAAAUAUUCAGUUGACAAAAAUAGCUUUGUGUACCUUGGGUAUCAGAGUUUUCUUUUUUUUAAUUCCCGGUGGUUCUAGACAAAGCUGUGAGUGUGAGAGGCAAAGCUAAGACAGCGAGGCGCAAAGCUCAUAGCACGGUUUAUUUCAUCCUUGAUCUUUUGGGAACGGACCUCUGUUGAGGGUCACGGUUUGAACUGUUUAACAAAACCAAAUAGAGUUUGUUAUAGAAAAACUUACGUCUCCAUAUAAUUUAUACGAGACAUAAGCUACUGGGUGUACCUUUAAUAUAGCAAGGCAUCGUCCAGAAAAAAAAUUGACUGUGGCUUAAAACUCUUGCAGAAAAAUCUCAACGACUUGUUGAAAAACAGUGGCGACAAGCUAGUGGUGAUUGACUUCUUCGCCGAUUGGUGCGGUCCUUGUCGCAUAAUGGGACCAAAAUUUGAGGUAAGUGUCUCCGAUAAAUAUUCUAUGCAGUGCCCAGGACCCUUAGACAUUAAGUCGGUGGCCAUGAAAUAUCUCUGUCAUAGCUUAAAGUUCAAGUAGUUCAACCUGAAUAAAGUGACGCUAUACCCCUUAGCAAGCACUCUCUCUAGCUGUUACGCGUUUAAUUUGUCAAGGAACAGGAAGUCGUUGAUCGUAAUUACGUUUUAUUCAAUACUAGUUAUUGGUUUUAAUUUUGUCGUAUUUCCGCCAUUGUGCUAAAAUUUCCGGGAAUUACGGUCGAAACAAAAAUGGAACACUUCGGCUCGGGUAGAACAUAACCACAGAAGUGGUCUAACCACACACUUGGCCCUCUUUGACGGCCGUUCCGCCCGGGGGGGGUACUCGCAGAAAAAUUGGGUAGGGGUGUGCGGCCCGCUUCCCAAAACCCUUACCCUAUUUAUGACCAAAAUCUGCGAUUUUCCCUACCCUAUUUAUGACCUAACCAAAAAUUUGAUACCCUAUUUUGUGAAGGGCUUUUUUUGCUUGUAUUUUCUAGCCUACAAAGCACCCGGUGGAGAGGAAGGCAAAGCGCGGAUGGAAGGAGGGGGACAUGAUAAGGAAGUAGCUUCUUCUAAAAAAGUGCAUUCAAGACUACAGUGCAAAAAUCGUUACCCUAUUUAUGACCAAAAUGGCGGCAAAAUAGCCAAAAUCGAUACCCAAUUUAUGACCAAAACGGCUGAAAAACCCUACCCUUUGGGGCCGCACAUACCUAUAUAGCCCAUAUUAGGGAGUAUCCCCCCCGGGCCGUUCCGGUCCGAGCCGACCGAGCGAGACUUGCCAUUCCUUUUCACUAAAGUUCUGAUGUCAAGUCACUGAGAAGUAAACAAACUACCGUCUUACUUGAACGCCUAGGAUUUGUUAAAAAUACUAAAGGUUUCGAUUCAAACAAUGUAAAAUUAAAAUUUGUAGAGAGCUAUAUAUACUGGGAUUUUUUUUGCUUCGAUUUAUACCUUCAUCGGCCGAAACUGCUUUUUGACAUAAACAAUAUAAUAUAACUCUGGCAAUUUCCGUGUGACACCGCAAAAUUUAUUAGUGCAGCUACUUUAGUCGAAGUAGUGGUAGUAAUUACUUAAAAUAAUGGAAGUAUGGCAUUCUGUUAUUUAAUUAAUUUAUUUUUCUUCAGAAAAUGGCCUCAGAGUAUCCGGAUGUAGUUUUUGCCAAAGUGAACAUUCAAAAGGCCAAGGUACGUAAUUAUAAAUAUCUAACAAGCCUUAAAAAUGAGACUAAAUAUCCAUACAAGGCAAAAGUAGCUCACAUUAGGCUGUCUUAAUGUUUGUUCGAUGUUCUUGUGUAAUUGAUGUAGUUGUUCUCGAAGAUUUUGGCUAGAUUUCAUACAGUUACUGGCUGAACAUCGAUGUUAUAAACAUCAGGACACGGUUUGUAGCUUUCGCAACCGAGCGUAUAGAUUAAACCGCAUAAAAAGAUUUCCUCUUGAUAUUAUUUUGCGGUUUAGUUUCCAACGCAAAACGCUCUCAAAGCUACGGUUGCCAUUGGCGUUUGUAAUCGAGCUCGAGUAAGCGGUAAAAAAGCAUUUUUUCCCGUUACGCCUGCCAUGGUAUUUCGAAACUCGUGCAUGCUUGUCUUUAGCCUGUUCCAGGCGUUCAGAUAGUGGGGAGCGGUGCGAAGUAGUAAAAAGGAGCGCGAAAAAAUAAAAGCGAGGGAGGGGGAGAGGUGAGAGAGGGAACGCCUGUUAGAUUUGUUUUAAAUAGACUCAUCCGCCCACUCAGACCGCAUCAGCUGUAGGUGGUCUUCACUUGUCAAUCAAGACUGAUGUUACAGCGCCAUACAUUUAUUAAGACGCUCCAUGCACUGUUGACAAAAACUGUCAAAAUCAACCAAUCAGAGGGUAUACCAGGAUCUGGUAUACCGGAACGCACUUUUGUUAAAAAUUCUUACAAGCGUUCCCGCACCUCUCUCCCCAGUCCCCCUCUACUUUUCAUCGCUUCUUUACUUCGCACCGCUCUCCACUAUCUGAACGCUUGGAACAGGCUAGCAUGUCUUGAAAAAGCCGAUUCUCCAGUCUCGGGCAAUCUAGAUAACAAUGUCACAUCCACUCUCUCGAGUGGCCAUUUUUAAUAGGUUUCACAACGUCGAUCAAUAAAUGUGAUGUCACUUCAGUAAAUUUUCAGAAGAUUUCUUUCGAUACAUAUUUAAAAAACCCUUUUUGUCCAAACGGACAAUAUUCUUGUUCGGUCUUCAUCGUUUUAGUCUUAGAUGGCAGACAGAGCAUUCCUCUUCAAAAGAUCGCGCGUAGGUUAUAGAUUUUGGCCCGUGGAAAGCAGGAAAGUAAGUUUCAUCAGCGCUUUUUGACCCAUUUGAUCCCUUUGUUUUCAAAAUAAGCUUUCGUAGCCCAAUGGCGUCGCUUAUCAUAAAUAAUUAAUUAUUUCAUUCGCAUUAUUUCCUUGCAAGAUUUGUUAAAGAUUAUAAUUUGGGGUACGGCGAAAGAUCAGCUAAUUUUAAAGACCUACAACAAAGAGAAAUUUAGUAGUGAAUUGUGUAGGCAGGAUUCCAUUCCACAACUCAAGUCUACUAUUCUGGGCAUUUCAAGGAGACUGGAAACCAGUUUCUUUACAAACCUUUUUCUGGCCUGCGGGACUGAGAUUAUUGUAUGGCUUUCUUUCUAAUCUGUCGGUGGAAUCCCAUGUAUUAUAAUAACCAAGAUAACUAAAGCCCAGGAAGACUCAGAGACAAUAGACUGGCCCAGUCUUUCUAAGGGUUUUGGAGGUAAGGGGGAAUCGCAAUUGUAUCAUAAUUUUCACAGAUAAUAUCCAUGACAUUACACAUAUCUUAUGGUGCUUAGAACACAAGAUCGGGAGGAAUUUUUACACUAGCUCAGAAUUGCGGAACCUCUAUCAUGUGUUCAAUGGGGUUGUCAGCGCAAUGAAUGAAAAGGGUGGACUGUUAUGGCAUAAAAAUCACAUUAACUCAUAAAAGGUAACAGACAUGACGAUAGUGAUUUACUUUUAAAGAAUUUCGUCUAAUUAGUUAAUGUUGUUCUUAAAUCUCAACCAUUUGCAUUCAUUGCAGGACCUUGUAGAACAGUAUGCCAUAUCAUCCAUCCCACAUUUCAAGUUUUUCAAAAAUAGAAAGGUAACUAUUUGAUCUCUGUUAGGGACAGUAAAUCUAGGGCAGUAAAAUCAAAACAAAGCAACCAUGCAGCUGUCUGAAAUAUCACAUUCACAUAUAAGGGCGUUCAACUUACUACCUCUGACUGUACGCUGCGCAAAAUUAAUUCUGGAAAGGCUUACACUGUGUUGAGAAGUAUCUUUGAAAAGACCCGGGUGGACUCGCGCUUUCCAGACAUGGUCUGUGAUUGGAGAGCGAAGCAAUGGAUGAUUCAACACAAACAAUACCCUUAGCUCUAAAAACAAAAGAAGCUACUGCUUAUUUCGGGCGACGAAAAUAGGGGUCUGGAAGAGCCACUGUACUACGCGGACUUGAGGAAAGUGUUAAGACAAAAAUAGUUCAUUUCGAUUCCCUGUUUAAGACCAGAGAUCUUACCCAAGACCCUCAUUCAUUUCGCAUAGUAUACAGAAUUAAGUAUUCAAAAAAACUGACAUACAUUGUAAUGGAAUUCGAUCUCUUUUUUUCUCAGAAUAAAGACAAAUUGGCAACACACAAAAUGUAGACCUUUUAUAGCCAACCUUCACCCUCUUUGAAAGGCUUCUGAUCCAAAAAGACACUUUAUUCUAGACAGUAAAUAGUGAAAUUGUACACCCCCCCCCUGAAAACAGUGGUACAUAUUUAGGUUUCUGGGAAACUUCCCACCCACCCCUCCCCUAAGCCAACAUUUUGCCCUAAAUGAGAAGUAAAUGUUAAUGUUGGCUUAAGGGAGGGGUAGGUGGACAGUUUCCCAGAAACCUAAAUUGAUGCCAUAAGCAAAUGCCCCCCCUCCCCCCCGGGGGGGGGGACACAUAGAUACAGCAAUAAUAAGAUAUCUGUAUUUGUAUUAAUGCUGAACAAGGCCAAACCACAGGAAUCAGAAGAAUGUUAUUGGUUCUUUAACAAGUGUGGGAAACAACACCAAUCAGGCUAUCAAAUAAAUAGAGACAAGGUCAGCCAUGCAUGCAUUCACAACAAGCAUGCAAGAUUUCUCCCUUGUUUUCAUUGGAGGCACUUAUUGGUGGUCUGGCGCAAGCCAUAAAUCAUGACAGUUUUAUGUUUUUAUGACAGUUUUAUGCGUCAGACAAAAGUUGACUGCUAACAGAAGGAAAUUUAAGCUAUUCAAUAGCAGUCUUAACCCACUGGAAAAAAAAUUGCAAAAACGUCGCUGCAUUUAUUAUAACAACAAACAAACAAACAAACAGAGUACACAGCAAGAAAAUCUGAUACCAGUUUCUUAAUUUUGCAGCGAUACUUUGUGAUACUGCUGUGAAUGCUCCCUUCUAAUUCCAUUUACAAUUUUAAUUUUAGGUCGUGGAUGACGUCAGAGGGGCCGACGAGGAAAAACUUAAAGAAAAAAUUAACAAAUGGAAGGAUGCCAUCAUGUCAGAAAAAUAG